UAUAGAGCAAUAAGGGAACGCUGCUGGAUGCUGGAUCCCCGUGUUUACCAUCGUGCCCGAUUGGGAUACCUUUAGGAUACAGUGGAUCCAAGCAGGAGUUGGCAGCUUGGAGUUGAUUCUCUUUAUACCCCUUGUGCUAGAAUAAACCAGGAGUGAAGACUGUCCCUCUCAGGGGUGCUGCCCGGAGAUCCUUCUGAGCACCUUCACUUUUUUUUUAUACCAGACUCUGUGUCACCUCCGCCCCAGAUCGCGGAAGAUUUGUCACCGUAUAAUUGUCAUAAACGCUGCAGCUUUUUGCACGUCGUGUUUCGGGGUGUUGGAUCAUCGGAUCGGGGAGACCCAUCACCAUGGCGUUCAGCAGGGACUCUCUUUGGAAGUACAGCUUGGGCUUUUGGAUCCUGUUGAUCAGGACUGCUAUUUCCAGAUCCAUAGUGUUAGAACCUAUAUACUGGAAUUCCUCCAACCCCAAAUUUCUACCUGGACAAGGGCUUGUACUAUACCCUCAAAUAGGAGAUAAACUGGACAUUAUUUGCCCCAAAGUGGACUCCAAAUCGGGUGCCCAGUACGAAUAUUACAAAGUGUAUCUGGUGGAUAAAGAACAAGCAGAUAGCUGUACUAUAAAAGACAGGACACCCUUGCUGAACUGUGCAAAGCCUGAUCAAGAUGUGAAAUUUACCAUCAAGUUUCAAGAGUUCAGCCCAAAUCUCUGGGGACUGGAAUUCCAAAGGAAGAAAGACUAUUACAUCAUAUCUACAUCCAAUGGAUCAGUAGAAGGUCUGAAUAAUCAAGAAGGUGGUGUUUGUGUAACAAAAGCCAUGAAGAUCCUCAUGAAAGUUGGGCAAGAUCCUGACUCUGACUCCGAUAAGGAUGCUUUGCCAACAAAACGUCCAGAUCACGACUCUGGUGCGAAUGGAAAGAGCUCAACCACCAGUCCAUUUGUCAAUGGUCCCUCAGGUUCUAGCACAGAUGGCAAAAAUGCUGGACAUUCGAGUAUUUUGGGAUCAGAGGUGGCCUUAUUUUCAGGGAUUGCUUCAGGAUGUAUCAUCUUCAUCGUCAUCAUAAUUACUCUGGUGGUGCUGCUGUUGAAGUAUAGAAGACGGCAUAGGAAGCAUUCUCCACAACACACAACCACUUUGUCACUUAGUACAUUAGCCACACCAAAGCGCGGUGGCAACAAUAAUGGUUCAGAGCCGAGUGACAUUAUCAUCCCUCUAAGGACUGCUGACAGCGUUUUCUGCCCACAUUAUGAGAAAGUCAGUGGAGAUUAUGGACAUCCUGUGUACAUUGUUCAAGAGAUGCCACCUCAGAGUCCAGCAAAUAUUUACUACAAAGUCUGAGGAAAUCGUUGGUACCUUUUUGACAUGUUGAGGACUAAAGGUCCAUUUCUUUCUGAUGGGGUUUCUUGGUGACUCCUUAUGCAUCAAAGUGGACUUGCAUAGGGAAAAUGCACAUACGAAAACCUCUCUUCAGAGAGAGCCUCCUUGGAUAGCUAAUGGAAUCUGAUGGUUCCUGUAUCUAGGAACGAGCUGGAAGACUUUAUAUAAUAUGCCCAUUCUGAUGGCUAUACCAUGGUCAUGUUCACCCUCCUUAAAGCCAUGAGCUCCAGACAUUCAAACAUAUACACAAAGCCAGGUUACCAUGGAGUGAUUCAAGGACCUAAAUCAACUGUAGGCAAUUUAAGGAUGCUUUAGGAUAUUUAUCUUGAAAUGCAAUCUGUUCACUUGAUAUCUCAGCUUUCUCAGUGCAUACUGGAUUGGUCACAGAGGCCCGUGCUUCUGUGACUAAAACAAAUAGUUUUCUUGUUAGUCAAUCACUGAUUCAUUUUGAUCUGUUGUGUUCGUUGCCUGAAACCCUUGCAUUGGAUUCCCUUUCACGUCACCUCCUUUAUCACAAAUGGAACAUUAAUCUUUGCAACCUCUUGCUCUAUCCAUUUCUUCUUGCAAUCACACUUGAAUGGGUAAUAUAUUAUGGGAAUAGUAAUUGCUAAUACAGAGCCUUCCAGCAAGAAGCUAGAAUGUCAGCCAGGCCAGGAGUCCAUAGGAUGUAAGCACUCCAUGCAGUUAAAAAAAAUAGCUGGAAUUAAGCUUAAGAUUACAUGACAAGGGCUGUAGAGCACUUUGGUAUCUCUAGACAAGAUACAACCAGUGACGCAAUCUGCAACUGGAGCAAUUUGCAAGAUAGAACACCAGUGUUCACAGGUCGGACUCUGUAGUACCUUCACUACAGCUGAAGAAGGUAUUGUUGGACAUAGGAAUAAGCAGGUAGAGAAGGACAAUAGUAAGUUGUCAAUGAUGUUGAGGAGAGCUGGCAAUAAAAAGAAGUUCUAAGAAACUCCUAGUCUGUUGUGUUUGAUUUUUUUUUAACAGGCUCAGGUGCUAUAGUGUCCAUAUUAUUUCUCAGACUGGGAGCGCUUUCAAGAAAAAAGCAGAAAGCCAAAUGUGACCUAGAGGUCCAAGAACCAAUGGUCAAAGAUGAACAGCUGUUAAUUUCAUUUUUUCCCAGACGAGAGAUAUUUUUGUUAUUAGUUUAUUUUUUAUAGAGCCAUGAUUCAAAGCCUACGCAUACCUAUAUAUAAUAAAAUAUUUGGACACCUUUGCUUUUUAGUAAUGCAGUUCCAGAGGAGUGCAUCUUUAGUAUUUCAGUGGCAGACAUAGCAAUUUACUGGUGCUCUGUUUUAAAGAAAAGCACAUAUUGGAAUAAUUUUACAGUUCAUAGGGAUAACAUAAGUUAUUAGUAUGGGAGAGCAGGAAAUAAAAAAAAAAACGAAUAAAAAAUAUUUAAUAGGUGUAUAGCACACAGGGGAUAUAUAGUAAAAAAGAGAUUUUACUAAUAUAUAAUUUAAGAUUGCACAGCCUGCCCCACUGGAAGAUGUGAAAUCUAUUUGCAACAGUUAAAUAGGUAGAACUGUUGGCAUAACACAGAGCAGAAUUAGACGGUGCUUCUGGGGAAGAAAAAAAAAACUAUUCCAAAAAUAACAAUAAUAGGAAGAAAUGCAAAAAUAACAAAUCUCUCUAAAGGCGCCUCGCACAAGACCAGACUAGGAAGUUAAAACCCCAAAAAAGCAGGAAAUCACUGUUACGGCAUCAUGUAUUAAACAAGAGGAUUCUGUCAAUUGUUUCUUGCGUUACGAUUUCCUUUUGCCUUAAUGCAACAAUAUUAUGAGAAUUCAGCAGGUUACAGAGCGCAAUAUCUAUCCUUUCUCUCUCUCUCUCUCUCUUCUUCUUCUUCUCUCUCUCUUGCCACUUUCUUCUCCGACAUUUAUGUGCUAUGCAAAACAGAUAUCAUCAUCACAGUCCUGUUUCUAUGGUAACGCUUUGCUCUCUGAAUUGGAAAGAGAAAAAAAAAAAUUACAACAACAUUUUAAGGUUCUUGAGUCUCUAAAGAGCACCUGCGAAUAUGAACUGUCACGGAAGGAGUGCUCUCUAUUUUCUUGAACCUAUAAAUGCUAUCAGAAAGAGAGCAUUGCUGUACGGUCAUUUAUGACAGGACUUAGGGCUAGCCUUCUUUAGCACGUGCAAUGCCUAUUCUGGCAUUUUAUUUGUGAAAAUCCACAUUAUUUUGUGUGUGAUAUCUAUUUUUUUUUAUUUGUAAUCCCUACUCGGAAUCAAGAAACAUGAUUUGAAAAGGUUAGCCCAAAGUGUGCCGUGGGGUUUUUACAACAAGCCUCUGAACUAUGGAAAGAGAGUAGCAUUUUUUUUAUUUUUAUAGUUUUUUUUUUAUUAUUGUUGUUUAGCAGUGUGAUUUUGUUUUAAGCUGUGAAAUCAAAUCCAUUGAUAAAAAAAGCAACCUUCAACAGUGUCAAACCCUUUUCUUUUUUUUUUUUUGUGUCUGUUAUUGUGUCUGAUGCCGAAUGACAAUCUUUAAAAUGUUCCCAUUUAUUUAGAAGCUGGUUCAGGUUUUGGAACCUUUCUGUAAAUGCCUUGCUUGUGAGAUCGUCUGAUCCUUAGUCACCUGACUUAAGAAUUUGCACCAUUAUGUCAAAGUGAAGAUGCUGUAAAUAUAUUGAGAACUGUGUCUGGAUUUGGGGUGUGUCCGUAGCCUUAUUCAGCUUUUUAAAUAUUAAUAUAGAGAAAGAAAUUACACUUGGGGAAAAAAAAGAGACAAAAUGGAUUUUCUUAACCAGAUUGUGUAUAUAGAGCAAUGUUGGAUUUUUUUACAAAGUCUAAGCAAAAUGUUUUGUAUAAAAUUGAAUUUUUGCAAUGUAUUUAGCUACCGCUUGUCUAAAGGCAGUGUCAUUUCCCUUUGCACUGUAACGAGGAAGAAAAGGUUAAAAAGGUUGCCAAAUUGCUGCAUAUAUGUGCCGUAAUUGUGUACCAUGAAUAUUUAUUUAAAAUAAUUUUUUGUCCAAUUUUGUAAGUAACACAGUAUUAUGCUUGAGUUUAUAAAUAUUUGUUUCAUUUUUUUUUUAAAUAGCCUUUUCCUAGGUUUACAAUUUUUGCUUUAGUUUCACAUUGUAUUUAGUCCCCCUUCCUGUUCCCUCCCAGACAACAAUGCUCUGAAAUUUCACAUUCCACCUCUGUUUCAAACUGAAUUUGUUCUUAAAAAAAUAAAAUAUUUUUUCCUAUGGAA